UUUUUUUGAAGGAGAUAACAGGGACAUAUUACUCUGGAGCCUGGACCGAACUCCCGAAACAAUCAAGAGUCACACAGCCCUAGCAAGUCUAGCAGAUCCAGAGCCGAAGAUGAGCGGGGUGAAGAAGGUGACGGACGUCGCGGCCAAGGCCGGGAAGGCGAUCGAUUGGGACGGCCUGGCGAAGAUGCUCGUCUCCGACGAGGCCCGAAAGGAGUUUGCCAACCUCCGCCGCACCUUCGAGGACGUCAACCACCAGCUCCAGACCAAGUUCUCCCAGGAACCAAAGCCAAUUGACUGGGAAUACUACAAAAAAGGAAUUGGAUCGAAAGUUGUGGAUAUGUACAAGGAGGCUUAUGAUAGCAUUGAGAUCCCAAAGUAUGUUGACACUGUCACUCCUGAGUAUAAGCCAAAGUUUGAUGCUCUGUUAAUCGAAAUGAAGGAAGCAGAGAAGACAUCUCUGAAGGAAUCAGAGAGGAUAGAGAAGGAGAUUGCUGAAUUGAAAGAGUUGAAGAAAAAGAUCAGCACAAUGACAGCAGACGAGUACUUUGCGAAGCACCCUGAACUCAAGAAGAAGUUUGAUGAUGAGAUCCGUAACGAUUACUGGGGAUACUAGAUAACGGCGAAAGUCAAGUUCUUUUACUAGAACAUUCAAUAAUACUUCUUUGUCCCUCUGGAAUCUCAUCAUCCAAACUUGGGUGAAUUCCAUAACAUGUGGACUGGGCUUGUUGAAAUUCCGACAUAACUCAAAUCUUUGUGCUUUCUGUUGGACCUCAUCAUUUUAUGGGUCGCCAGCUUAUUUCAUUGAAAUUUUGUCUUGUGUUUAA